GUUCUGCACGAAAAUACCAAAAUAUCGAGCAAUAAUUACCCAUCCAUAUAUACUUUCUUUUGUAUAUUGCCUCUGGUCACAUUGUUCAGCAAGUCUAAGAAAAACUCUGUGAGAAAAUGGCCCUGCGACUAAUCAACAGUGCUGUGCUCCGCCAGCUGGCCUCCCAGCUGCCCAAGAGUGCCCAAGUGGGCAGCGUGGCCGCCGUACACACGCUGGACAAGAUCGGCAAGCGGGAGAUCGUGGGCUACGGCUGGAACGGCACCGCCUGCUACGCGGAUCGCGUGGAUUACCCUCUGCCCGCCGUGCGCUUCCGUGAGCCCACCAACGAGAUCAACGCUCUGCGCGCCAAGGAGCAGGGAGACUGGAAGAAGCUCAGCACCCAGGAGAUCAAGGCCCUGUACCGCGCCAGCUUCUGCCAGACUAUCGCCGAGGUUCAGGCUGGAUCCGGGGAGUGGAAGCUCCACCUGGGCAUUGCACUCCUCUUCUCCGCCGCCGCCAUCUGGGUGGCCGUGCUGAUGAACCUCUUCGUGUACGAUGAGCUGCCCGUUACCUUCGACGAGGAGCACCAGAAGGCCCAGCUGCAGCGCAUCAUCGACCUGGAAAUCAACCCCGUCACCGGAUUGACCUCCAAGUGGGACUACGAGAACAAGAAGUGGAAGAACUAAGUGCGCUGUCGUUAAAUAAUUCCGCGAUUGUGUGUGAUUAAGUUAGCCGACGUCUAUGUGUAUUAAGUAAAAGCAAGAUAGUCGAAAUUAAAGUUAUGGCUGCUGCCUAAACCAAUCGA